AGCCCUUUUCCAUCGGGCAAAGAGAUACAAGCGUACAAGCUUCCAAAUCAUCACCACCUUAGCACCGCCUCAUUUUUUUCUCUCUAGUUUGUUAGUUUCUUAAAAUUUUCAUCAAUGGCGUUUCAAAGAACCUUAGCUCAGCGAUUGUUCAACAUAUCGAAAAAAUCGAAUACAAUUCUUGCGAACUGCCGCAUUUCAUCGUCCGCCGUGCAAGCUUCGAUACCUCCGAAUCCGGCUAGAGUGGCUCCCGAUCCCGGAGAUGAAGGUGUUUUCCGGCGGUUCCUUCAGUGGCGGCCGAUAUACCAGUUGGCGGCACCAUCUCCAUCGCCGGCGCUCCGGUCACUUCCUGCCGGAGAGAAGCUUCUGGAGAAGUUGCGUGGCAUGGACAUUUCCAGGGAGCGGAUUCGAUUGGACGGACUGAGCCCCCCGCCACCGUCGACGGCGUCGGAGACGUCGGCGGAGCGGAAGUUGACGGUGGGGGAUGCGAGGAAGCUGCUGAGGGUGUCGCAGCUUGAAAUGGUGAAAUCGAACCUCAGGCAGAUCACGAAGGACCAUAUAUCAUUCGAUGAGUUCGUUGAGAUCUGCUCUGGAGGCUGCUCGAAUGCAGAGCAGGGGCUGCAGUUUGCGAAGAUGCUCGACGAGUCUGGGACCGUUAUCGUCUUAGGAAACGUUGUGUUCCUCAGACCUGACCAGGAAAUUGAAACAAAUGUUGCGCCAGAUCUAAAACGUGUAAAGGGUUCCACGUUUGAGAUGGUAGUGAAAAUCAUCCAGGACCUGAUGCCCGUACCAGUACCCAAGCAGGACGAUCAGAGGUGGAAGGAACUUGAAGAAAUGGAAAACCAAAAGGCCGGCAUUGACAGAAAGGCAGAGUCUCUGGUUCGCCGGGAACUCUGGUGUGGGCUGGGAUACCUUGUCAUUCAGACAGCUGCAUUCAUGAGGCUCACCUUCUGGGAACUGUCUUGGGAUGUCAUGGAGCCCAUUUGCUUCUACGUAACGUCCAUGUACUUCAUGGCUGGCUAUGCUUUCUUCCUCAGGACAUCCAAGGAGCCUUCUUUCGAAGGUUUCUUCCAGAGCCGGUUUAGCACAAAGCAAAAGCAGCUUAUGAAGAUGAACAGUUUUGAUAUUGUAAGGUUCAAUGAGCUCCGGAGAGCUUGUUAUCCUGGGUCAUCGUCAUCUCCUGGGCAUGGUUUUUCGAUUACUCCAUCAUUUGAUAAUUUGGAAAGGACACAGUUUGGUGCGUUGCAUUCAUAAAUAUGACAGAGAGAAUCAUAUAACACACAAAAGCAAAACAUAAAUUUUGAUUUUUUGUAUUUUCUUGUCCUUUAUUCCGGAUUUAAGUAUUCUGUUGCGGCUUCCUGUAAACAUGAAGAGGUUUUGGCUUAGUGAUUAUACAAUACCCCGAUCAAGUUAAACAACAUCACCCCACUUCAAAACUUACUGUCAUAAAUGAAAUAUACUCUUAUAACUUUGUGAAUA